AUGCAUGCAAGCGAUUGUUUAAGCGGCAACCGCGCGAGUGCUGCCAGCAUGGCCCCAGGUUUGUGCUGGAGGGUUCCAUGUUUCUAUUGCUCGUUGGUCAGGUUCUUUCUUCAGCUUGAUCAUCAUGUCGUUGGCCGGAGGGUUGAUCUCGUAGAGCAGGAUUUCACGCUUGUUUCAUAUUUCGAGACAACAGUGUCGAAGCCAAUGCAACGUGACCUUCGCAGCCUGGAUCAGCCGGAUUCCUGCAAACCAUUUAUGUCGCUGUCGCCUCUGAAGAACGUGCUGUAUGGGGUAAUAUCUGCUAGAGUAGUUGCGUGGCUUCGCCGCCCACGCAGCAAUUUCCAGCGCGCUGCAGCCCAAGGCAGCAGCGCAUGUACAGCGCUGGCCGCUGCAUCCCUGGCACCUUCUGCAGUGAGUAAGCAAGAGAGGAGCUCCGUGGCAGACGGCGUCGCUCUCCGGCGCUCUGCGACGUUUUCAUGCCAGCGGGGGCUGGCCUGCACCUGCGCGACGCGGAAGAGGUGGGCAUUCGACCACCUUUUCAUCAGCCUGGUAAGUUCCGUCGGAGAGGGAUGCGAGUGCUAA